GCUGCACCGUAUGAAAAUAUGAACGAUCGGAGGCUUCUUGGGGUACGGGGAUAAUUCAGAUGGUAAGGAGGGGGGUGUGGCGCGAGGUGCCCCCCACCCACCCCCUUCGUUCACCAAAACAAUACACGCCCAGUCAGUCAGAGCCCGUGGAUUUGCGGCGUUAAAGCGGAGUUGCGCCGAGGGCUGGAUCACCGCAGCAGCGCCGCAGCGCCGCGCGUCUGCUCCGGUGCUCGGGCUCCAGGGGGCUUCAGGGGGCUCCAGGGGGCUCCAGGCCGGCCACACGUCCUCCUGCUCCGGUGUUAGGGCUCCAGGGGGCUCCAGGCCGGCCAGACGUGCUCCUGCUCCUCCCCACGUCCCCUCCGCAGGCUCCGGGCUGCGGAUACAGGCGCUCCCCGCCGGGGGGGAAUCGCGUCGCAUUACGCACAUUCAGAGGAGCCUGUAUGCGGAUGGAGAUGCCAUAAUUACGGCUCGUUGGCAUCCAUGCCCGGGCUGUGUCUGCAUGUGUCAGUGCAGAUUGUGUUGCAACAGAACAUUGAAUGCCUUUAAAAUCUCAAGGCCGUGAGCCCUGUGCAGGGUGAUGAUGAGCAGUCAGGGCAGCAGUGGCAGAAAGGGAAGUGGCCAGCAUGCCGACACUCCACCCCUUCGCCAAGCCCCUGGACCCAAGCUGCAGGUGCAGCGUUCCCAUUCUCGUGACACCAUUACUAUACACUUCUCUGCUCUGGGGAAGGAGGAAGAAGAUGAGGAAGAGGAGCUGUACGGGAUAGCUGCUGGACCUGCUGCAGUUAAAUCCACCUGUGAUGGUGCAGAGGGACUUCAGGGCCAAGCUACAGGGACUGAUGAGCUAGGUGUCACCAGAGGCUUGGAGGCAAAAGAGGAGCUGCUCUUUGAAUCUGCCAGUGUGGACUCUCCCUGUGGAGCUGCUGUACUGCCUGUUCCAUCCGCCACCCUGUCCAUGCAUCCUUCAGACGCCCAUCCGCACACACCCUCUCCUACCAUGACUAUUAACCCAAUAUCCACCUACUCCCACCUGAGCUCUACCCCUCCCACCAGCUCCUCCUGGCCCUCGGAGCGGCCGACCCUUCCUCUAACUGUAAGUUCCAGCUCUUCUUCUCCUUGCAAGUCUGCAGCGCUGUCCUCCUCAAAGCCGUUUCUCAGCCUCGUUAGAUCUUUGUCCAAUGAUGUGGAGUCUCGAGAAUCUACUCCUCCUGUUUCCACUGCCGUACCGCCACACACACGCCACAGACAGUUGAUGAAAUCUUUUGUCAAGUCUCUGUCCACGGACACUUCUAAGGCAGAACAUCAGGAAGGGCCUCUUCAUCACAACCCCCAACUCCAGCAAAUGCACCCAACCCACCGGCAUCCACCGCGCAACAUGCAGCUCCUGAAACAGUUCUCCCAACCCCGUUUAUCCUCCAGCCCUGUUGUUGUGUCUCAAGCAGGAGGAGACUCCAAAACAGCCCCCUCCUCCCCCAUCAUGUCACCGGACGGUAGGUCCUUCUUCAAAGUCCAAGAGGUGGAGGCCAGGAUAGAGGACACCAAGCGGCGGCUGUCGGAGGUGAUGUCAGAUCCCAUGCAGAUUUUCAGUAAGAUCAUGGGGGAUGAAUCUGGUGCAGGAGGCGGUGGAAGUGCCGCUCAUCGUGCCAAAUCGCUCUCCUCCAGUGCUUUGGAGCUCAGCGGAGCGACAGCGGUGAACGGACAUACAGAAAGUAACAACUACAGCAUCAAGGAGGAGGGUGCUGAAGGAGAAGAAGAUGAAGAAACCCCCACGGGAAAGGGCCCUGACUCCGUUUUUUUCUCUUUCCCGUCACUAACAUUAGCCCCAGCCUCAUCCUCUGCCCUCCACAAGUCUCCUUCUCUCACUAUGGGCCGGUGCUCAAUGUCGGCCCUGGUAGCGCGACAGGAAGACGAGGACUUCUGUGAACUGUACAGCGAAGACUUUGAGAUGUGUACUGAUACGGAGACACCAGAUGGGGAUCAGUCCGUAUCCCGGCAGCCCCAUACUGGGAGCACUGGUUUGUGCAGUGAACUCGAUGCAGAGGAAGAGAGGCUGGAGGAGGAGAUGGAGAACGUGCCUGUGACUGGCCUCAUCUUCUUAGCACAGCUGGUAUAUUUGUACUUAGUCCUUCCAGUGCCUCCAUGGGUAUGUGCAGUGUUGCACGGCGUAGUAGCUGGGUUUAUGCUGGCCUUGCUGGUCCUUUGGCUGUCUUCUCCACGGCGGUCGUCGGGGACCAGGAUAGGGGGAUGGAGGACUGUCGCCCAGUUGGAUAUAAAAGAACCAGGAAUAUUCAAGGGCUGGAUGAACGAGAUCCACAACUACGACCCGGAUAUGUACCACGCCACGCUGACCCACUCUGUUUACGUGCGUUUAGAGGGCUCUGUCCUGCGUCUGUCCAAGCCCAACCGCAACAUCUCCCGCCGUGCCACACACAACGAGCCUAAACCUGACGUUACUUACAUCAGCCAGAAGAUCUACGAUCUGACUGACAGCAAGAUUUACUUGGUGCCCCAGAGUCUGGCAAGGAAGAGAGUUUGGAACAAGAAGUACCCCAUUUGCAUUGAGCUGGCUAAACAGGAGGACUUCAUGUCCAAGCCCCAAGGAGAAAGGUCUGAGGGUGGGGAGGACAAAUUAGCAGGGCUGGAGAAGACGGAACAAACGGAAAAGGCUGAGCGACCUGAAGGCUCCACGUCAGUGGAGGAACACAAAAGACCAACCUCAGGAGGAGGGGAUCUGACAAUCUACUUGUUUGGGAGGACUGGCCGUGAAAAGGAAGAGUGGUUCCGGAGAUUUCUUCAAGCAUCUCGGAUGAUGUCAGAGGGGAGAGGUAGCAGUCUGUCUGGCGUCUGCAAGAGUGCCUUCUUGCCCUCCCACAGCCGCAGUGGCAGCGCACAGUCUGGCCCGGGCCUGGAGGCCGACAGCAGGAGCAGCAGCAGGGGGAGCCAGGAGGAGCUGUGUCAGCCUCGUCACAGGGAGACCUCCGCCUCUCUCUCCUGUGGCUCUGCUGGAGGGACGAAGCAGAAGAUGCUGUUGGACUAUAACGUCUACAUGGCCAAAUACGCUGACGCCCAGGCAGCACCAAACAGCCCAGCUGCUAACGACAGCCCUGGAGACAGCCCAGAGAGCAGCCCGCAAACUACCAAAAAGUUACCCAGAAGUUCAGAGGAAAAUGCAGAGCUUGAGGCCUGGGUGAAUGCUUUUCUGGGAAGGAUUUUCUGGGACUUCCUGAGAGAGAAGUACUGGGCCAGUGUCGUCUCCAAAAAGAUCCAAAUGAAGCUCAGUAAGAUCAGGCUGCCAUAUGUAAUGAAUGAGCUGACUCUGACCGAGCUAGACAUGGGAUUUUCCAUUCCUAAGAUCCUCCAUGCUUCAAAUCCUUCUGUGGACCACCAAGGCCUGUGGUUUGAUCUGGAGAUUUCCUACACGGGUUCCUUCCUCAUGACACUAGAGACCAAGAUGAACCUGGCCCGUCUGGGGAAAGAAGGCGAAGGGCUCGGGGAGCAUGGGAAAGAAUGGUCACGGACAUACAGUCUGGCAGACAGUGAUGAGGAGUCAUCCAGUGCUGGCUCAUCAGAUGAGGAGGACCCCCCAGAACUCCUCAGUGAUAAACCAACUCUGCCUGGAGCCGAGGGCUAUGUAGGAGGCCACAGACCCAGCAAGAUCAUGCGCUUUGUGGACAAAAUAGCCAAGUCCAAGUACUUCCAGAAGGCCACAGAGACAGAGUUCAUUAAGAAGAAGAUGGAGGAGGUGUCUAACACACCCCUGCUGCUCACUGUAGAGGUUCAAGAGUGCCGGGGGACUCUGGCUGUCAACAUCCCACCUCCCCCCACGGACAGGAUAUGGUAUGGUUUCCGGAAUCCUCCUCAUCUAGAGCUGAAAGCACGGCCUAAACUGGGGGAGAGGGAGGUAACUCUGGGCCAUGUAACAGAGUGGAUUGAAAAGAAGCUUGAGCAGGAGUUCCAGAAAAUAUUUGUGAUGCCAAACAUGGACGACAUAUGGCUGCCCAUAAUGCACUCUGCCAUGGAUACACGCUCAAAUGCCAACUUGAUGACUGUGACAAACGAUGCCUUGAAGGAUUCAGAGCCGGAGGACUCUGAGAUUGUGGACGUGUGAAAACUGCUGUUCAAAGACUGACUUUGUAUCACCGUGAAGACAUAAGAAGCCCCCACUUAUCUUAAAAACCAAGGUGCAACAAUGGGUCCGACCAAGAAUUUAAUAUUUUUAACUAUUUUUCAGUCCCAUUGUUACACAAAACUGCUGACAGCCCAGAGCUCUUUCAUUUGUGAGAGUUAAAGCAGGAUAACGGAUGAGUGGUGACUCAGACGUAUUUGAGUGUCAUCGACUAUCGAUUCACACUCUAAUGAAUACAUGUCCCGGGGCAUAAGGAGGAUCAACAGACAGCCAUCUGAUUCAACUAGAGAAACCAUAAUACCUGUGAUGUACAGCUGCACCAAAUGCGAUAGUUGUACAGUGUAAACUUUUAGCGUGACAUUUCUAAUCAAGUGGUGUAUUGUUGCUAUUGUAACUUUAAGGCCACUCAUAAAGAAUGCAUACUACAACUGAGGAAGUACUACUAAAUUUUUGAGAUUUUACCUAAAGUCCCACCUUAGAAUAAUGCAUAUUUUACAGGAACACCAUCGCCUCUUAUCCUCCACUCAGCUGCCUAGCACUUAUAUGCAAAGCAAUCAAUCACGCUGUGUCUAUGAAAGACACCGGAUCCAUUAAGUUUCACCAUAAACACAGUCCCGUCAUCAAUACUGUGUUCUUUUGACUCUGUGGUAACGAUUACAGUCAAAAUUGACUCAAUAGACUGUGUGAAUUGAAAUGUGCUGGUAAACGGUCUGUUGAAUGUACAAGUAGGAAUUCAGCUAGUCUCUUUCAUUGACAUAUGUCAAAGCAGCGAUUUUUUUGAGUUAUCAGAGUUGGGAAAAAAAGUAAUAAUUUUCUAUAUUUAUUGCCAAAGCAAUCUCUGUCGUUUGAGAAAGGUAACAUAAUAGGUGACAAGUCAAGCAAUCAGUUAAUACUUUCCUGCUCCUGCUGAGGCCACUUUUAAGUUGUGCAGCCAACAUUUUACAAACUUCAGCUGGAAUUCUGAUGAUAGAAAAUAAUCUGCAGGGAAUGAUUAUUAUUUUCUGGGUAAGAAGAGACUGAAAGCCUGUUUUAAUCAUGUUAAUGCAUAAAACCAUAGUUUGUGGGUAAAUCAAACCCGUUUUGUUUGAAUUUACAGCACACUGGAUAUUAGCCAUAUGAUUUAAUGUCAGCAGACAAUGAAUGCUAUUUUGUUGAAUUAUUUAUUUGCUUUGCUGUUCAGUGUUGUACAUGUUAAUGAAGAACAUCACUUAUAAUCUAGAACUACAGAAGCUCUGUAAUCCACCAGAAGACUCAUCUGCUUUACAGGUGACUUGAUUACGUUUUGUGUUCAUACAAGUGUGUUGGCUAGUGUACGAGGCAGAAAGUGCCUUUAAAGUAAUCAAACAUUCCUUCAUGGUGAGCCGCCACAUUUCUUGCAUCGGAUAAGGAAAGAGAUAAUGUAUCCGUGCCAUUCGUCUUUUAAGACAUGCCCUUUGUUUUCAUGUCUCGGUGUUCAUUUGCACAGUGAUGGAAAUCUCAAACAUUGCUGUUGUGUUCAGUGAUGUCGCUGAAUGUUACGGUUCUGAUCGUUGUGGAUCAAUAAAACCUUUUGC